GAGGGGCAAGCGAAGAGGAGGAAAAUGGAGAUUCCAGCCCCACCAACUUCAAAGUGCAUUCUCUAUUGGAAAAGGAAAGUCAAGUCAGAAUAUAUGCGCCUCAGACAGCUCAAGAGGUUCCAAGCGAACAUGGGAGCAAAGGCUUUGUUUGCCUCUAACUACGCGAAGGUACAAGAACAGAGAAACAUCCUGAAUGAGGACUGGAAGAAGCUCAGAGUUCAACCUAUUCAGUCAAUGAAGCUGGUUAGAGGACAUCCUUUUCUCAAACAGUGCACUAUUGAGAGCAUCUUCCCCAGUUUUACCACACAGACUGUGUUCAUGCGGACCCUCAACACGGUGGCCCUGGUGCCUAUCAUGUAUUCCUGGUCCCCACUUCAACAGAAUUUCAUGGUGGAAGAUGAGACUGUUCUGUGCAACAUCCCCUACAUGGGGGACGAGGUAAAAGAGGAAGACGAAACCUUCAUUGAGGAGCUCAUCAACAACUAUGAUGGCAAAGUGCAUGGAGAGGAAGAAAUGCUGUCUAGUUCCGUCCUCAUCAGUGAUGCCGUGUUUCUUGAGCUGGUUGAUGCACUGAAUCAGCACUCCGAGGAGGAAGAGGAAGGGCACGACGCUGCUGAGGGCAAACUGGAAGCUGGCAAGGAUGAGCUGCCGGUCACUCGGAAGAGAAAGCGGCUUUCUGUGGAAAGCAACAAGAAAGGUUCCAAGAAGCACUUUCCAAAUGACAUGAUCUUUACUGCUAUUUCCUCAAUGUUCCCUGAGAAUGGUUUUCCAGAUGAUAUGAAGGAGAGAUACAGGGAGCUGACCGAAGAGUCAGACCCGAACGCGCUCCCUCCACAGUGCACACCGAACAUCGAUGGCCCGUGUGCCAAGUCUGUCCAGCGUGAGCAGGCCCUGCACUCCUUCCACACUCUGUUCUGUAGGCGGUGCUUCAAGUACGACUGCUUCCUCCACCCUUUCCAUGCUACUCCCAAUGUGUAUAAGCGGAAGAGCAGAGAGAUCAAAAUUGAGACGGAGCCCUGCGGUCCAGACUGCUUCUUGUGGUUGGAGGGAGCCAAGGAGUUCGCUGCGCUGCGCAACCCACGCUCCAAGUGCUCUGGACGGCGCCGACGCAGGCACCCCACCCUCAACACCUCCUCUUCCUCCAGUGCUUCGACUUCGGCCAGCACCGAAGCCAAGGAAGGCGACAGUGACAGAGACACCGGCAACGACUGGGCCUCCAGCUCCUCUGAGGCAAACUCACGUUGCCAGACUCCAACGAAGCAGAAGCUGAGCCCGGCCGUCUCGCAGCCGGUCCUGUCUGAGGAGCCCGUGGAGCCCGUGGAAUGGACAGGGGCAGAGGAGUCUCUCUUCCGGGUCUUCCAUGGAACCUACUACAACAAUUUCUGCUCAAUCGCUAGACUGCUGGGAACGAAGACCUGCAAGCAGGUAUUUCAAUUUGCAGUGAAGGAGUCCUUGAUAACGAAGCUUCCCACACAUGAGCUCCUGAACCCCUCCCAGAAGAAGAAGAGGAAGCACAGGCUGUGGGCUGCUCACUGCAGGAAGAUCCAGCUUAAGAAAGAUAAUUCAUCUACUCAGGUGUACAACUAUCAGCCCUGUGACCACCCCGCGCACCCUUGCGACAGCUCCUGCCCUUGCAUCAUGACCCAGAAUUUCUGCGAGAAGUUCUGCCAGUGUAAUCCAGACUGCCAGAACCGUUUUCCUGGCUGCCGGUGCAAGACGCAGUGCAACACCAAACAGUGCCCAUGCUACCUGGCCGUGCGGGAGUGCGACCCGGACCUCUGCCUGACUUGUGGGGCCUCGGAGCACUGGGACUCCAAGGUGGUUUCCUGCAAGAACUGCAGCAUCCAGCGGGGCCUGAAGAAGCACCUGCUGCUAGCCCCGUCCGAUGUUGCUGGCUGGGGAACCUUCAUCAAGGAGGCCGUGCAGAAGAACGAAUUCAUCUCGGAGUACUGCGGGGAGCUCAUCUCUCAAGACGAGGCUGACCGACGUGGGAAAGUCUAUGACAAAUACAUGUCCAGUUUCCUCUUCAACCUCAAUAAUGAUUUCGUUGUUGACGCAACCCGCAAAGGCAACAAAAUCCGCUUUGCAAACCAUUCUGUCAAUCCUAACUGCUACGCCAAAGUGGUGAUGGUGAAUGGAGACCACCGCAUCGGGAUCUUUGCCAAGAGGGCAAUCCAGGCGGGCGAGGAGCUCUUCUUUGAUUACAGGUAUAGCCAGGCAGAUGCGCUCAAGUAUGUCGGCAUAGAAAGAGAAACAGACAUCAUUUAAUCGCUGCUGCUAACCAGCCCCAUCCGGAUCUGUGCUGCUUCCCUCGUUGCUGUGUGUGUUGUCAGAGCUUC